AUGGCCACCAUUCAGCAAGUUCAGAAUGUCACUCGCCGCAUGUCUGAGGAAAAAGCCACUGUCCUCGCCAGAGAGGCUGUUGAGCUUUCGCGAGCUGGCCACAAAGAUGAAGCUUCACGACGUCUGAGGGCGGCAGCCGCAUUGGGUCCAGAAAACAUCGACGUUCAAUCUGCUUUUCUGGCCAUUCACAAUGAAGAGGCAAGGUCGCCACUGCUCGACCUUAUCCGCCGCUACGCCAUGUACCACGAUCAGAAGGCCGGCGAGGAAGCUAUCAAGUAUCUGCGAAGCAACGAGGCCCCUAAUGCUGCUGGUGCCGCAUUGGAAUGUGUACAGCUCAUUCUCGAAUGUCAGGCAAGCACCUUGAGCGCCUCUCAAGAUUCCAUCCUUGCCGAGCUAGCCAGCAAGAGCCUCGCUGUCCGCCGCUAUUUUGCCACCGAACUCCAAGCCUCCACCACCGAAUUCUUUGAUAACGUCUACGAUCGUGGAGACGACGCCGCAAAUUGCCUGCGGUCCAUUGUUCUCGACCACUCGCUCUGGGAAAGCGAUAUUGCGCGUCUGCAUGUCGAGGAUGAGUUGUUCCAGCUGUUCUUGGCAAAGUUGAUGGAGAGUGGCCAUGAUCAUGAUGGUAGAGCGCUCAAGGGCAUUGCCCUGCUCUUGAUUGCGGACACGCAACGGCUCCACACCUUUGUCGACGAAGAUGGCUUUGAAGCACUUCUCACAUCCCUCGACUACCGUUUGCCACCUGACGUUCGCGGCCAAGCCACCCUGGUUCUGUCUAAAUUCCUCGAAGUUGCUCAGCCAACUGGUCAGCAAUACUUUGUCAAGUACAUUACCGACCAUGUGGCAAAAGGACGGAGUGACGACCUCAUUCUCGCCUUCUCGGCAGCAGCUCAAUUUUUCCCACUUGCAUCGGCAGUUGUGGCCCAACUCUUCCUCACCGAAGGCUUCCUCCAAUCGAUUUUGCCUUUGCUGGAGAGGAACAAGUCCAGCACUCAAGUGCAUACAAGCUUUCUGUCACUCCUCAAUGCAGCCUGCAUAGAUGCAGCCUGUCGACAAGCCGUUGCGCAGCACUGCUCCGCAUGGCUCUCCCACAAAGUCAGCAACGGCAUGGACAAGCAACCCGCCAUGGCAGCGACCAUUCUAGCGAAACUGAGAACAUCAGGCACCAAGCCUGCAGACCAACGAGCCAGCAAGGCUGAUGAUGAUGUUAGUGAACUUGUUGAUCUUUUUACAAAAACCCUACGCGUUGAAGAUGCACGAAACAUAUCUGACUCAAUAGAAGGCCUUGCGUACACAUCUUUGAAGCCCGAAGUCAAGGAAAAGCUUGCACAUGACAAUGCUUUCCUCAAACAGCUCCUAACAUCGCUUGACGCCAACAGCAAUAUUCCCGAAAUUGUCGUGGGAUCUCUUAGCAUCGUCUCGAAUCUCACUCACUACCCACCCAAUCUGUCUGAAGAACAGAAGAAGAUGACGCAACUAAAAGCCUACGCCAAUGCCUCCAAACCUUCCGACCCGUCGCCUCUCGAAGACGAACCUCACAUCAAGGCACGCUGCACCGCUCUUGUCGAGGCAGGAUUGAUGCCCACACUUCUCAAACUCAACAAAGCCACCUCUUCCGCCACCAUUCCUCUUACCGAUAAGAUUCUGCUGUCCCUCGUUCGAAACCCCAAGGAUCGGGGCAAACUCGCUCAGCAGGGCGCCGUCAAACUUCUCGUCCAGCACGCUCAACGCGCGCUACAAACCUCCACGCGCCCAAAAACACCCACCGGCGCCUCUUCCAUGCUCACCAUCGAUGCAGCUCACGCUCUGGCUCGCAUACUCAUCUCCCUUAACCCAGCCCAUGUAUUUGCCGCCUCUGCCACCCCACAUAUUACGGAAGCCAUUCCUCCGCUUGUCCAGCUCCUCAAACCACUUUCGCGUGAAUUUGCUCCUGGUGCAGACGCCCCCCGCGAUCUGUUACCGAUCUUUGAGUCGCUCCUCGCGCUCACAAACCUCGCAAGCUCGCCCGAUCCUGCCGUCGCCGCCACAAUCCUUCGCACGGCGUGGGACCCAACGGAGGAGCUGAUGUUGCACGACAACACUCUCCUACGGCGCGCCGCCGUCGAGCUUGUGUGCAACCUGUGCGUCGUACCGGCUGGGGCGGCAAAGUUUGCAGACGGUAGCGCACGAGCCAAGAGCCGGCUGCGGGUGCUGCUCGCCAUGGCAGACGUAGAGGAUCUGCCUACGCGUAGGGCCGCGGGCGGAGCGCUGGCAAUGCUCAGUGAGUUCGAAAGUGUGGUGCCGGUGCUGCUGGAGGUGGAGAGCGGCAUACCAGUUGUAUUGGGGCUUUGUGAUGACGGAGACGAGGGCGUCAUGCAUCGAGGCUUGGUGGUGCUGGCGAACCUCGUGUUGGGCGAAGGGGAGAAUGGGCGAAAAGGCAAAGACGCAGCCAAGAAGGCUGGGGCCGCUGAGGUGGUGAAGACCAGCCUGCGGAAGACGCGCAAUGAGGAGUGUCUGUCCGUUGGAGUCCAGGUGCUGAAGGCGCUGGUGGACUAG